AACAAAUCACAACACCUGGGAGCCUUUAUACAUCAACAUACAAAAAAUGUCUCAAACACAAGGUGCCACUCCAACACAAAACUUCCAAAGAGGUAAAGGUGAAACCAAUGUCAAUGAAAAGGAAAGAGGAAAGGAUGUCCGUUACUCAAAUAUUGAAGCCGCCAAGGCUUUGGCUGAUUCCGUCAGAACUAGUUUAGGACCAAAGGGUAUGGAUAAGAUGAUUGUCCUCCCUAAAGAUGAAGUCAUUAUUACCAACGAUGGUGCAACAAUUUUGGAUAAGAUGAAGCCAACUCACCCAGCUGCUAAAAUGUUAGUUUCCUUGUCAAAAUCACAAGAUAUUGAAGCUGGUGAUGGUACUACUACCGUUGUCGUUAUGGCUGGAGCUUUGCUUGCUGCUUGUCAAAACUUGCUCGAUAGAGGUAUUCACCCAACUACAAUUUCUGAUGCUUUCAAAUUGUGUGUGGAUAAAGCUGAAGAAAUUCUCGAUAAUAUGUCUACUAAAGUGGAUUUAACUGAUCGUGAAAAUAUGAUUAAGUCUGCUAAGACUUCCUUGAGUUCAAAGGUUGUUUACCAAUAUGCCGAUGUUUUGGCUCCAUUAGCUGUUGAUGCUGUUCUCCGUGUUGUUGAAUCAAAGGAUGCAUCCAAUGUAGAUUUGAACGAUAUCAAGAUUGUUAAAAAGUUGGGAGGUCUUCUUGAAGAAACUGAAUUGAUUGAAGGUUUGGUUUUGGAUCAAGGUACUAGAAAGUCUGCUGGUGGUCCAACUUCUAUCAAGGAUGCCAAGAUUGGUUUGAUUCAAUUCCAAUUGUCACCACCAAAGACUGAUAUGGAAAACAAUGUUGUCAUUACUGACUAUACACAAAUUGAUAGAAUUUUGAGAGAAGAAAGAGCUUAUUUGCUCAAUCUCUGUAAGCAAAUCAAGAAGGAAGGAUGUAAUGUUCUCUUGAUUCAAAAGUCUAUUUUGAGAGAUGCCACCACUGAUAUGUCAUUGCACUUUUUGGCCAAGAUGGGUAUUAUGGUCAUUCAAGAUAUUGAUAGAAAGGAUGUUGAAUUCAUUUCAAAGACUUUGAACUGUAAGCCAAUUUCUUCUAUUGAUUCAUUCAAGAAGGAAAAGCUCGGAUCUGCUGGAUUAGUUGAAGAAGUUAACACUGGUGAUGGUAGAAUUGUCAAGAUUACUGGUAUUCCAUCUCAAGGUAAGACUGUCACUUGUUUGGUUAGAUCUUCAAACAAGUUGAUGCUCGAUGAAGCUGAAAGAUCCCUCCAUGAUGCUUUGUGCGUUGUUAGAAGUUUGGUUAAGAAGAAGAGUAUCAUUGCUGGUGGUUCUGCUCCAGAAACUGAAAUUUCUCUAGGACUUGUUGAAUACUCAAAGACUCUCAGAGGUGCUAUUCAAUAUUGUGUUCGUGAAUACGGUGAAAGUUUGGAAGUCAUUCCAACCACUCUUGCUGAAAACGCAGGUCUGUCACCAAUUAAGAUUGUUACUGAACUCAAAAAUAGACAUAUGCACGGUGAAAAGAAUGCCGGUAUCAAUGUUAAGAAGGGUUUGAUUUCAGAUAUGGUUGAAGAAAAUGUUAUCCAACCAACACUGACAACAUUGAGUGCUAUCGCUUUAUCUACCGAGUUAGUUAGAAUGCUUUUGAAGAUUGAUGACGUAGUCUCAAACUAAAUCAUUUUUAGAUUAUUUAUUUAAAUACCAUUUCCAAGAAUGGCAUAAUAAAAACAAAAUUAAAAUUU